UUGUUUCCAUUUCCUGUUCUUGAAAGUAAAGACUUUCAAGCAUCAAAGAAACCUUAGCUGUAUUGCUAAUAAGAGCCAAAACACAUUCACCUACUGUUUAAAUGUAGCUUUCAAGUUACUUCAGCAGGAAUUAUGGUUGCUUUCUCUCUUUAAUUUUCUUGCUCACAAGCAAUAUUUGCUCAAACACCAAAAGCAACAAUUUGCAUAAAUAGUGCAUUCAUUCACCCAACAUCCUACACCAAAUCUACCAACCGAUCUGUGCAAUAUGGCGAAAGGCAACAAGUGGGCUCUUCUUGUGGGAUGCAACUAUCCCAACACGGCCAACGAGCUGCACGGCUGCCACAACGACGUUCUAGCCAUGCGCGAGGUGCUCACAGCUAGGUUUGGGUUCGAACCAAAUCAUGUUGAGCUUCUCACAGACAAGCCUGGCAGUCCCGUCAUGCCCACCGGUGCCAACAUCAAGAAGGCACUCAACAGCAUGGCCGAUCGGGCCGAGGAAGGCGACGUCUUGUUCUUCCACUACUCGGGCCACGGCACUUUGAUCAAACAGCCUCACAAUUCAUCCAAGAAAGAAGAAGCCAUUGUGCCCUGUGACUUCAAUCUCAUCACCAGUAUGGACUUCAGGCAGCUAGUGAAUCGUGUUCCGAAAGGGGCCACGUUCACCAUCCUCUCGGAUUCUUGCCACAGCGGCGGCCUGAUCGACAAAGAGACGGAACAGAUAGGCCCUUCUGCGACCUCAGACGACACGGUUGCUGCAGAAUACCACAAGCUGAAAGAGAUCCCUUUCCAGUCAAUACUGCAGUAUUUCAUGUCUUUAACCAGCAAAAUCAGCACAGACAUUGGCACACAUUUGGUGGAGGUGUUUGGAGCUGAUGCCAGCCUCAUGUUUCAAGAGCUGCAGCAGGCCAUCAGCAAGCCGCUGAAGCCGGAUGAAGGGAUCCUGCUCAGUGGCUGCCAAACGAACGAGACGUCUGCAGACGUGGAGAUCAUGGAGAAUGGGAGAAAACCAUGUGGAGCAUUUACGAAUGCGGUUCAGAUGGUGUUGAAGGAGAACCUUGGGCCUUUAAGCAACAGAGAAAUGGUGGUGCUAGCUAGAAAGAUUCUGGUGCAGCAGCAUUUCAACAGACAGCAUCCAUGCCUAUACAGCAGUGAUGAAAAUGCAGACAAAAUUUUCUUGAGCUCAUCACAGAAACCAAGUCCAAAAUAAAGCAUGUAAAACCAACAAGUGAUUUCAAGAGCACAAUCUCCUCAUAAAGAAUAAAUUCCUAAAACUGAAUUUGAAGAAAAAAAAGAAUGUUGCAACAACAUAUAGUAUUAUUUUAUUAAUC